AUGGUACAAAAAAAUGAUGGCAAUUUUAGAGCAUUGCUUUGGUUUAGGAUAAAUGCUGGCGAUAAUGAUCUGCUGAAACAUUUGGAAACUGCUCCGGCUAAUGCUACAAUAAUUGGUACAACUGUAUCACUUAGUCGUCUUCUUCAGUCGCCAAAAUUAGAUUUGAAGAAGACUACUGAGGCCAUAGAAGACAUUAAAUGCAUUUUUUUAAAUAAAAGAUUAAAUGCUGAAUCUGUUUUUAGCAAACUUUACUAUGAAGUAAAGGAAAUAGCUGAACAACUAGACAUUGAAUUGAAGAUGCCUCAUAUAGUUUUUCGUCAGAACCAACCUGCUAACUCUUGCGAAGAAUAUUUCCAAAGAUCUAUUUAUUUACCCCUUUUAGGAGAUUUAAAAAAAAAAUUUAAUAGAUUAACAAUAUCUAAACUGAUUUAA